CAGGCAAUGAUAAGGUAUGCUAGCAUAGGAGAGCAUCCAGGAAUACAUACCUGGUACGUAGUAGUUGUGAUAACUUGGAUACUACUUCAGACUCGGCACACUACAAGCACUGCUCACGGCACCUGAGGCAGGGCAGUUGCGGUGAGGUGCAUCUUACUGCUAUGCUGAAAUUGUAGUACUACAGUAUUAUUAUACCACAACUACGAGCAGUCGUAGAGUCCUCACCCACUUUGCACGCAUGUCUCUCCUGGCCCCGACAGACCCUGCGUUCUCAAUCACUCAACUUUCUCGAAGCCCUCAACCACAGCCACAGCAUGUGUGCGUACUUCACUAACUACUACCAGAUAGGAUCGAAUGCAACAGCAGCCCUUUCGAUCACAUAUGACAAGCCUGGACUGGAAAGCAGUCCGUUCCUCUCCAUCCAUCUGCUCUCGAACCGGCAUGCUGUCUUGUAUUCGCAGCUUCGUCUCCGUCAGCCUGCGUCUCCCGCUGACCCUGCAGACUACACACUCACCAGUAGCCUCAAUUUUCAGAGGCUGCCUACCUACUAUCGUCCACACUGCGCCAUUUUCUCCCACACUGCAAAUGCCUUUAGCGAGGAGGUCACUAUGAUGAUCUGUUCAAUCCCACUCCUCGGUUAAGCCAAUGCCCGCAGGGGCAUACCUUCUGCUCCGAGAGGAUAUGUUCUAGAGUGCUGAUCGUUAAGAGCAAUGUAUCGACGAUCCUUUCGAUCCAGCCAAAACAUCCUGGAUUUCUUGCCGGCUUACAUCCCGAUCCCGUAUAGUAUUCGAACGUGGGCAUGUGGACAGACGAGAAGAAGACGCUCGGCAGCUAUGACUGUUGGGAGAGUGGUGCAAAAGCAGACGACGACUGAAGUGGCGGUGACCACAAUGUGACCACAAUGCCACUCUCGCAAGGAUAUUGUCUUGGACUACUGCACCCAGUUGUUGUCAACCCUGCCUAGGUAGUUGGCUCCGUCAUGGGAAACCUUCCAAGUCCUUGAAACGCAGUCAAUCGGUAUGAAUUCUGGCCAUCCUCACUCUGGCACGUUUAGAUGCGCACGUCUCGCCACCUCGCAUUGCCUGAAAUCCAACAGCUUCGAGUCGUAUGACUGUCCCUAGAUGCAUGCUUCCCGCUUCUCGGACCACGGCCGUCUCUUGCUCGCCCUUAGGAUCCCGGUAUCACCCCAGGAUGACAUCCGGACGUAGCCAUUGAUUGAUACGAGCAUCCUGGAUCAUGGACAGUCACGCCUCAGGAAUCAACGAUAAGCUACUCCAUCAGAGGCACUACUGUGUCUCUGCCACAUCAGGUACCAUCACUGGAGGAAAGGCCAAGCUGCAUCACGUCUCGGGGCCAUCGACUAGCAGUGCCAGCGAAUCCGCAGAGUAGGUCGUUUUGUGGUAGAAGAAUGCCCAUCUCGAGCGAUUUCAUAUCGCUGUCAAGCCGCGUCUGAGCUUGGGAAGGUCCAUUAAUAAAUUACUAGGCCAUCCAAACGGGAUGCAUCUGGGUAGAGGUCUAGCGCCUGUAUUGGAUAUGUCGAUAUUUACGCAUAGUUACCUUACGCACCAAUACAGGUGAUGUCGAUGUUGCUUUUGGGAGGACUUGGACAUUCGCAGAAAUAUUAUUUAUCAAAAUACAAAAUGAGAUUAACUUGCCC